AAUAUUUGCUGCGGUAUAUUAGUUAAAAAUGGCUGCCUCCGUAACGCAGGUGCUUUCCCCUGCAAAUUGUGCAAUUAAGAUUGUCACUUGGAAAGUGAAGAAGGAUAGUACGGUAAUGAAGGGCUCCGUUUUGGCAUUGUAUGAACCCCAAGAAGACAAUGCAUCCAAAGCUUUGAUAAAACUUAAGGCAUCAGAGUCUGGAAUCGUGAAUGAAAUCUUUGUCGAAGCAGGAUCAAUUUCGCCGCCAGGGUCACUGCUUUUGAAUCUACGUCCACAGAAUUCUGGCGGUUGUACUCAUCCAACAGUGAUGAAAGAUAUGUGCGCCGAUUGUGGAGCCGACUUAAGGAGGGAAGCAGGUGUUGCGGGAGAACGUAAGACAAGUGUAGCAGCAUCUGUUGCCAUGGUGCACAACAUUCCAGAGCUGAUAAUUAGCAAAGAGCAAGCACUAGAGCUUGGCAAAGAGGAUGAACAGCGCUUACUGAGGACAAGAAAGCUGGUCCUGCUUGUGGACUUGGAUCAGACUCUUAUCCAUACUACUAAUGAUGACAUACCGCCAAAUCUCAAGGAUGUUUACCAUUUCCAGCUUUGGCAAGGCCCUCAUACUGUUUGGUAUCAUACACGCCUACGGCCAUACACAAGAGAAUUCUUGGAGAAGAUCUCCAAACUUUAUGAAUUACACAUUUGUACCUUUGGGGUUCGACUGUAUGCCCACACUGUGGCACGUCUCAUAGACCCUGAUGAGAAAUUUUUCUCUCACAGAAUACUUUCACGAGAUGAGUGCUUUGAUCCUCUUUCAAAAACAGCAAACUUGAAGGCUUUAUUUCCAUGCGGCGACUCUAUGGUAUGCAUCAUUGAUGACAGAGAGGACGUUUGGAAUUUUGCACCCAACCUUGUGCAUGUUAAGCCAUAUCGCUUUUUCCAAGGUACUGCAGACAUCAAUGCUCCACCUGGCCUGACAAAAUCUGAAAAUGAUGACAUUCCCAUCAAACACAAAAUCAUUGAUCACCAGAAGGAGUCAACAGUUACCACAUUUGCUGCACCUGAUGUGAAUCCCAUUGUUCUGUCACCACAGGCAACUCCAGAAACUGAUAUUUCAGGCAGCAGCGAAGAAUGCAUUCUACAAAAGGUGGCUAGAAGUGAAGGUGAUGUGACUGUACCUGAAGAAGUUCCACUUAAAUCCAUUAGCAGUGUCAGAGGUGAGGAGAGUGGCACUGAGAUCACAGUUGACACACCUGAAGGUGGUACAGGUGAUUCUUCAAAAUGUGAAAAAAUGAUGGAAAUAGAUGAAAUUGCAGAACCUAAGAAGAGUUCGGAAGAGUCAGAUCAGAAAGACUUGAAGUCAGAGCAGACGUCAGGUGAAUGUGCUGUGAAAUCAGCGGAAAUGCAAAACCAAGUGUCUGAGGAUCUUUCUCUGUCUAGUGACUCAGAUGAGGAUUCAGGGGACAUGUUGGCAUCUGUUGAUAAUAGAAGGCAGGAGGAAAGUGCCCAGGCUUCAGGGAGGAUUGAUGAAAAGAAUAAUGAAUCUGAAAUUGAUAUAAACAUUGUUGAAGAUAAGAAAAGUGACAAAUCAAAAGACAGCACAGGAAUAGGGAACAUUAACAAUAACCAUCUCACAAGUCAAGAAGUGUUACAAAUCCCACUAGCUGUUGACAGUUGUGAACCUAAUGUGAAGAAAGAGAUUACUCCUACUGGUGAUGAAAAAAACAGACCUGUGGAUGACUUCACAGACACAAACAAAAUGUCCUCUUCAGAUAAGGAACAUCCGCAAGAAAAGGAUGAAAGUAUUGAGUGGGAUGACAAUGAUGAUUAUCUGUUGCAUCUUGAAGACAUACUCACAAGAAUUCACAAAGCGUUUUACACAAUGUAUGAUGAGAGUCUGAAUAAGGGAUCCAUCUCAAAUCAAGCAAAGACAUCCAUUUUCAAUGUUGCAAGUGUCAGUACUAUUUCCAGUGAUUCUUCCAGUGUAGACACAGUUGAUACACCAGCUACACAUGCUGAAACUUCAGCGAUGCCUUCAAAAGAUGCCACAGUCCCAUCUGCUAGCAGUUCAGCUGACUCCAGUAUUCCUUUAUUUUCAUCCUCAAGUUUGUUCCCAAACCAACCUCUUCCCGAUCUCAAAUCUAUUAUUCCAUAUGUCAAACGCAAGACACUUAGGGGGUGCAACAUCGUGUUCAGUGGUCUGGUUCCACUUAACACACCCCUGGAGAAAAGUCAAGCAUAUAUUGUUGCUAGAGCUCUUGGAGCAAAUGUUCAGCCUGAUAUUGUUGAUGCCAAGCAAGUGGGCAGUAAAGAACUGGCUACAACUCACCUUGUUGCAGCCAAGCCAGGUACUAGCAAGCAUAAGGUGGCUCUACGUGUAGGGAAAAUACACAUUGUCAGCAGUGACUGGCUCUGGGCGUGUUCAGAACGAUGGGAAAACUGUGACCCAUGUCUUUUUCCACUCAGCAAGGACAGUGCCAACAGCAAUCUGAUUUCAGUGAUACCAGAGAAAGGAUUGAAACUGGACAACAAACAGAAGUGUCUGAAGCGUAUGUCUAAUAAUGAUGAAGUUUGGGAUGAGGGUAGAGAGGAAACAGUUAAUUUUGAACAAAAUAAACGUCAGAAAAUGGAAGACAAUGUUCAGAGGUCUGAAGGGUGGCAGCUGUGGCACAGGCUAAAGCAGAACUAGCUUCCAGAUGAAGAAGCAGGGAUAUUGUCAGAGUCAGGUGGUGCAUCCUUUGCCAGCACUGUACAUCCACUUCUUUCAUUCUCUGAUGAAGAUUUGGAGUGCAUGGACAAAGAAGUGGAUGAUCUCCUGGCCGAGGAUGCCUCUGGUUCCUCAGAAGAGUCUGAGGAACGAAAUGAGAGACUCCGUAAAAAGGUACUUGGUGGAGCAGAUGAGACUGAUUCUUCGUCUGACUCUCUUAGUGGAGACUUUCCUAGAGGCUGGAGAUUGAAGCGAAAAGUUUCCUCGCCUCGUUCUGCUGAUGAUGAUCUCGAAAAGAGGCAGCUGAAAGAGUCUGAGAUAGAAACUGAAGACACAGAGAAUGAGUUUGACCGUUUCCAAAAGACUGUGGAUACUUUUGCACCAGAUACUGACACUUCUUCCUCAGAUGCUGAUUCUAUUGGGUCAGUAGAUGACGAAAUUGCAGAUGCAGUCGAGAAAGAAUUUUUGGCUUCUCUGUGAAAUGUGUUAAAAACCUAUUCUGAUAAAGGUGAAAAAUUGGCAUGAUAGAGACUUGGAACAUAUUUAAACUUACAGCUCACUCUGCAUGAAAUUAUAAUAUUAAAUUUUGAACUCUACAAUAUGGCAUUUGCUUUUAAGUAAAGCAUUGAGCUUCAGUGGUAUAGUUUGCUUAAAGACUAAAAGUAUCCAGCUUAUUGCCAUGUAAUGGGCGGUAAUGUUUAGCAUGUGAUAAUUUUUCCCAGACCUUAAAUUCUGAGCAUUGUCACAUCUCUUCAUUUAAAGCUCCCCCCACAAAAGGAUACCAUUUUGCUGGUGUACUGGAUCAAAGCAGAACACAUUAAGACUACGCCAUUGUUGGUGGGUCAUAAUUGACCAUAGGCAGCUUGUAUGUUGAGUUGUUUUUACAUUGUGAUAGUUUUUUUUUUUUCAUUUCUAAGCCAUCUUUUGUGUACUUUUGUUGAAAUUUUCAAUAGUUUUAUAUUCUCAAAAACAUUGUACAGAAGAAAUUCAUUUCUGAGUUUAAUUGAAAACUUAAUGUUCAGUAAGUUGUUUUUGUUCUAAAAUCUGUAUAAUAUUUAAAUAUUCAUAUUUGCAUUUGUGAGGGAUUGCAACUAAAUUGUUUGAAUUGAUACUUUAUGAUACUGAAGACUUUCUCUAAGGCUGAUAGCCUUUGCCCAUUCAGUCCAGUAAAUGAGAAACAGCAAAAAAUAUUUUCAAUUAGUAGUUCUUUCUUGUGGAAAAUUAUUAAAUGUUAAUGUGAUUUAGGCUCAGCAUUAAAAAAUGUGUUGGUUCA